AUGGCGAUAUACGACGAUGGAUUUUUCUGGAACAACCCAACAUUUGGUGUUGUAGCUCAAUGUACCCCUGUCAAAGGUCACAUCAUUUGGCACCAUCCGUUGUAUGAAGAAAAAUACAACCAAAAGCACAAUAUCCACAAGAAAGAAAUGACAUCAGGCGACAAUGGAAGUUCCAGUGGAACACCGGCUAGUCCCAUUCAGCCAAUGGUGGUGUUAGAGGAAACGCCACCACCCAUAGUAGUCGCAAGAGAGAUGCCAGAUAAAGGUGAUUUGGUGGUAACCGUUGAACCACCGGGAAGACAACAACAAACGGCCGGCAAGGAACACUUCCCCUCCGCCGUUGUCCAAACUACAGUCAUUCUGGCGCAGACACUACAACCAUCGGCUACGCCACCAACAGCAAAACCACCGGUCCCACCUCUACAACCGGUACCAGUCCAAUUGACAAUGCACCCGCCACCAUUUUUUAAAACACCACCGAUGGGUCAAAUGGCGACGACGCAACCAAUAAUUUCCCAGAUGCCACCACUGUUUAACCCAAUGGCGAGAGAGCAACAGGUAACCCUUCAAACGAUGUCACCAUUACCACCAGCGGCCAGCACACAAUCAACAUUCCACACACUGUCGAUAACUCAAACACCACUGGAAGCACAAGCGACUCCCCUAAUGCCACCGCUAGCCUAA